AUGUACAGCCGUGAGGUCGAAGACAUCAACUAUGAUGAUGUACUGGCUGAUGAAGCGAGCGAUGAUGAAGCGCAAAAUGAUGCUGAUGGAGGAAACGAUGCCGAUGAAGAUGUGGAAGAUGCAGUGAUUAUCACUCAAGCGACUAACUAUAGUGUUAUCAUUGGAAAAACUGUCAGAUUGGAAUGCAAAGUUGAACCAGCCGAUGGUGUUGUUGUUCAAUGGACAAGGAAUAAUUCAAAAUUCUUUAUCGGUACCAUGAAAACCACAGAACAGGAUUUAGAGACUAUCUCAGGACAAAAGAGAUUCUUUAUUGCGGCGAACUCCACUGACCUCCUCAUAAAAGACAUACAAUUUGAGGACAGCGGUUUCUACAAGUGUGAGAUACUUCAGGCGAAUCCACCCUCUAUUCAACACCACAUUGCUAUUCUGGAGUCAGCUAAAAUUAUUCGCUUUUACGCAUCAGACAACGGCGUCGUAAGAGAAGGGCAGGACCUCCUUCUCACUUGUGAGGUCUCAGGAUCUCCUCCUCCACAGAUCCUCUGGUCUUGGGGUGGUAUUGAUGGGAACCAAAACCAACGUUUAUCAGAAAAAGACGGAGAAUUCACGGCUAACAGUGUACUCCUACGAGAUGUGAAGCACGAAAGCUCAGGGAAAUAUUACUGCUAUGUAUUCAACAAUGUUGCUCACGCGCAGGCCGAGCUCACCGUCAAUGUUUUGCGCAAACCUAGAGUCCAUGUACACAGAACUGUCAUUAACUCUGACAUCAAUGUUGAAGCUGUGCUGCAGUGCUCCAUCCAUGAUGAACUGGCUUCUCACAUCCGCUGGUACAAAGACGGCAGAUUAAUCAGUGACUCCUCAAGCCAGUACAUCAUCAGCACUGAAGCCCAACACUCCAACUUGACUGUCGUUCCCACAUCUGAUCAAGACUUUGGUACUUUUACUUGUGAAGCGGAAAAUCAGAACGGCAAGCACAACAGGUCCAUCGACCUCGUACAGAGUCCGGUAGUCGAAAGUUUCAGCAAUGAUGGACCAAGACUUACUUGGACUAUCCACUCUCACCAGCCGUUGGAGGAAAUUGAACUACAACUGAGGGAUUUGAACGGGGAAGGAGAAUGGAGGACUCUCAGUGUACCACUUCCCGAUCGGAGACAUCACGAGUACGAGAUGAUCUACUCUCUAGAGGAUGCUGAAAUCGACGCCGGCAAAUACGAGGCCACACUCAAAGUGAAGAAUAACAAGAGUUGGAGCGAACACACCAACCCCACCGUUGUUGAUAUCGAAGCGCAAGCGCAGUACAUCAGACCGGCUUCAGUAUACCUACCUGGAAGUGGCCAUUCAAUCAGACCCUCGUUAAUCCUUUUCCCCCUCAUCUACUUGUUGGUGCGACUCUAA